AUGGAACAUCAGCUUUUUCACCAGCCAUUAACCACGCCCGUGAUUGUAUGCAAGCUAUGUGAAUAUGGUAUUCGACCAAAAGAGGUUUUUCGACAUCUCCAAUCCGUGAAUCACCGGAUCCCUAAGCCGAAAGCAUGCCAGAUUGCCGAGGGAGUUCAGAAAUGGGAUCGUACGGCGGAAUGUGAUGAAUGGCAGCCACCAUUAGUGGUUAACCAACCAGUUCCAAACCUGCCUGUUUACUCAGAUGGUAUUUUAUGUGAGCAAGGCCCGUUUUGCCAUUUUAUCGCCCGGAGUAUUGGAACUAUGCGAAACCACUGGCGUGAUCAGCAUAGCUGGGUCGCACCUAUACACCGGGGUGGCCGUCGGCGCCAGCAGAAUUCUUCGGUAGCGGAGCAACAAGUCCAACAAUUCACUCGAAUCGUCCGAUGUCAACGUGCGUUUAAUCACGGGCUAGGGUCCUAUUACAUCCGCGUUCAAACCCUCGGAGUUGACGCCAUUACCGAGGCCGAUUCGGUAGCAACGCCUCACCUUCAUGAUCGUCUUAUUGAUCAGAUCGAACGGGCAUAUACUGAAAGGGCAGAGCAGCCCCAGAUAAUCGAGGCUAGCCAACGAGACGAGACGAAUCCAUGGCUUCGGAGGACCCAGUGGGCCGUCUAUCUUCAAGGGAUUAACCCGCAGGACCUCGUGGACUGCGUCCGUGCCCCCGAUCCCGAAGCGCCCGAUCAGACCGAGCAGGCCGCCUAUACAAUUUGGAAUUCAAUGGCUACUGUAGCUCGCAUCAGCCAGUUGAUCUGCACCAAAACGAGCCACACGAUUCGGUGCGAGGCUGUUCGGACUGAGCGGGAUCGCCUGCCACAUCAACCACUCCAAGCAUAUAUGGAUGGUGAUAAUGUUAAGCGACACACGGUCCCAUGGCAGCAGAUUCUCAUGUUUUUCACGCGCACGCAGGCCCCACAUGAUUGGGCUAGCCCCCACUACAGGUUUUCCAAACGCCAGCGAGCGGCAUGGGCCACUUUAUGGAGACUAGCCCAGGCAGAGCUUAGUGCCUCACCCAUCGUAGGCCAGGGCAGAGCAGGCCAUUCCAACGCCGGCCAGGGCAGGGCAGGCCAUUCCAACACAGGCCAGGGCAGGGCAGGCCAUUCCAACGCCGGCCAGGCCAACACAGGGCAUUCCAACACAGGGCAGGCUAACACAGGCCAUUCCAACGCCGGCCAGGGCAGUCAAGACCUGAGCAGUUCGGACCAAAGCAGUAUGCAUUCAGGAAGUGAUUCCGAGGACCAACAGGACCAAAUCACUAGCGAAUCUCCCUUUCAGCUCACUCCCCUUGACUCCGCCUGUCUCGACUUUUGCAUUGAGCUGUUAAACCACCGAACUAAGGUCGAGGACUAUGAGAGCGCGCUCGUCUGCGCUAGCGCGGUGCUUGGACGUGGAGAGGCAGGCUGGGGCACUGCCCAGAGCUAUCCUCCAAUCUUGUCAAAAGUGAUUAAGAUUGCUCGGUUUAUGGUGGUCCACAAAGCAUUAAAGCUAGACCCAACGGCCGAGAAGAUGAUCCACCAACUAGCUACGCAUCAGAUGGCUGGCGAAUGGGAUACAGAGAGUCCGUUAGAUUCACCUGAUUUCACGUUUUUAACGCAAACAACGGACGAUUCGUUUUACAACUUUGACAGUGGCCUAGAUCAGGGCACAUCUCCGUCAUCGCACUUUAUUCAGUUCAGCCAGGGCCACACACAGGGCCACCGCCAACGAUCAUUCCGGGAGUGGGUGACCGAGAUGGUCAGCCAGUUUAUGGUCCGCGGCACUAACAGUCCAAUGCAGUGGCUGUUAGAUCUACGCACCUACGGCUUGAAGAUCCAUUAUAACAGCACCGCCACAGGCCAUGUUGGCUGGAUGAACCAAGACCAGCUGUUAUAUCAACACUACAGUUUCACUAUGGGUGACUUCCGCGGCUUUACCCACGGCCUCGUAAGCUCCACACGCCAGAUACUACACGAAGAGCUCCUGUUUAGUCAGGCUAGCUCAGUUCCCACGAUCCCGUGGCAGGCUAUCUAUGAUGAUCCCACCGAGACCGCGCACGGGUGGAGCUUUCUGAAAGACACUCGCACGGUAUGGCCUGUGGCCGGUAGCGAAUGGAUGGUGAAUCGGGUCCGAAACGAGAGACCACUCCAGCAUCGUUUCAUCGAGUCUAGUGCCGGCCGGCUCCGAAUGUCGAAUGUGCACAGUUAUCUUCAACGGGUAGUCCAUUUCCGCGAGAAACUAGCUCUUGCUAUUCACGUCAGCGGAGGCCAGCCUGCACGGGCACCAGAGCUGUUAAGCAUUCGGCACUACAAUACUAAUAGUGGAGGCCACCGGAAUGUGUUUGUCGAAGAUGGUCUGGUAGCGUUUGUUACGCAGUACCACAAAGGGUUUUAUAGUACGAACGACGUGAAGGUUAUUCAUCGGUAUCUACCCCGGGAAGUAGGUGAGCUAGUGGUUUGGUAUCUAUGGCUAGUGCUGCCGUUUGUGGAGAGAUUGGAGGCGUACACACAGAAGGUGCGCGGGGAGGCAUCUAAUGCUGAGACGACUGGGUACGUUGAAUAUAUAUAUGCCCCCAUCACACACACACCCAACACACCCAACACGCAGAUCAACACAGAGAUCAACACAGAGAUCAACACAGAGAUCAACACACAGUUCAACACAGAGAUCAAACAUAUAUAUAUAUAUGCCCCCGCUCUAUCCCACGGGGGGGGGCGAACUCUGGCAGAGUUCGCUGUUAGGGCUUCCGGUUCCCGUCUACGAUUGGCGGAAAAAGAAGUGGGCCCCGCCUGGGUUCAGUCUAACUUGCGACCUAGGGUUCAGGGUCCAAAUCACCCCCGUUCCGUCUAUAAAUUUGCAUAG